UUUAGAAGGUUAGUGUUGGUUCUUUUAUUCGAUUAAACAGGGAUACACAUAUAUCUACCAAGGAAUAGGUAAGGGAGAAAUAAGAACACUAAAAAAACUCGGAAUCGUUAAGUGUGAAGCAUAUUUGGAGUUAAAAGAAACAAAUAUUACUAAGUAAGCAGAGGCGGGCACGCGCUGCAUACCGGGAUUUGUAGUCCCUUCCGGGGCUGGGUACAGCGCGCCUGCGUAGAGGGGCCGUCGCUCUUCCCGGCGCAUGCGUGCGGCAGCGGCGCCAGGACUGAUUGCACCCUCGAGGCUGCUGCCGUAUUGUGAGCUGGAAGCUGGGAGCUCGGCAUGGCUGUCCCCGCUGCAGCCAUGGGGCCCUCGGCGUUGGGCCAGAGCGGCCCCGGCUCGAUGGCCCCGUGGUGCUCAGUGAGCAGCGGCCCGUCGCGCUACGUGCUUGGGAUGCAGGAGCUGUUCCGGGGCCACAGCAAGACGCGCGAGUUCCUGGCGCACAGCGCCAAGGUGCACUCGGUGGCCUGGAGUUGCGACGGGCGUCGCCUAGCCUCGGGGUCCUUCGACAAGACGGCCAGCGUCUUCUUGCUGGAGAAGGACCGGUUGGUCAAAGAAAACAAUUAUCGGGGACAUGGGGAUAGUGUGGACCAGCUUUGUUGGCAUCCAAGUAAUCCUGACCUAUUUGUUACGGCAUCCGGAGAUAAAACCAUUCGCAUCUGGGAUGUGAGGACUACAAAAUGCAUUGCCACUGUGAACACUAAAGGGGAGAACAUUAAUAUCUGCUGGAGUCCUGAUGGGCAGACCAUCGCUGUAGGCAACAAGGAUGAUGUGGUGACCUUUAUUGAUGCCAAGACACACCGUUCCAAAGCAGAAGAGCAGUUCAAGUUCGAGGUCAACGAAAUCUCCUGGAACAAUGACAAUAAUAUGUUCUUCCUGACAAAUGGCAAUGGUUGUAUCAACAUCCUCAGCUACCCAGAACUGAAGCCUGUGCAGUCCAUCAACGCCCAUCCUUCCAACUGCAUCUGUAUCAAAUUUGACCCCAUGGGGAAGUACUUUGCCACAGGAAGUGCAGAUGCUUUGGUCAGCCUCUGGGAUGUGGAUGAGUUAGUGUGUGUUCGGUGCUUUUCCAGGCUGGAUUGGCCUGUAAGGACCCUCAGUUUCAGCCAUGAUGGGAAAAUGCUGGCGUCAGCAUCAGAAGAUCAUUUUAUUGACAUUGCUGAAGUGGAGACAGGGGACAAACUAUGGGAGGUACAGUGUGAGUCUCCGACCUUCACAGUGGCGUGGCACCCCAAAAGGCCUCUGCUGGCAUUUGCCUGUGAUGACAAAGACGGCAAAUAUGACAGCAGCCGGGAGGCCGGAACUGUGAAGCUGUUUGGGCUUCCUAAUGAUUCUUGAGAGGAGGUUGUAGGGAGAGGAGGCCCCGGCGGAGGUUUUCCUUCAUGUGGUUAGUUUGGUCUGUUCUCUCGGAGUUAGUGGGCACCCUAAAUAUUUGUAAGUUGGUAUAAAUUGUAAACGUCUCGGUCAGGCCGCCCAUUUUGUUCUUUUGCUUUGUCUGUGUAUUAGCUCUUUCCAUUCUUUGCCCCCAGCAUGAGUUAACUCGUGUGGACUCUGCAGUGCGAGUAGUGACCCCAGCAUACCUUGUCCUCUGGACCUCCUGUCUUCUCUGCUUCUGGGUACACGGUAGACUUUGUGGCAUUUGAUACAACUUGGACAAUACCUAGUUUGGAGGGGAGGGGAAUGGAAGGGCGUGGAAGUUUUUUAAAAUAAUUUUAAAAAAUAUACAUAUAUAUAAUUUUGAGAAUUGAGCAUUUAAUAAACUGACUUUUGUUAUUAUGGAA